GGCGCAGAAGUACGACCCGCAGCGGGAGCGGGAGCUGCGCGCCUGGAUCGAGGGGACCACCGGCCGCCGCAUCGGGGACAGCUUCAUGGACGGCCUCAAGGAUGGCGUCAUCCUCUGCGAGCUCAUCAACAAGCUGCAGCCCGGCUCCGUGCAGAAGGUGAAUGAACCCGUCCAGAACUGGCACAAGCUGGAGAACAUUGGGAACUUCCUGCGGGCCAUCACGCGCUACGGGGUGAAGCCCCAUGACAUCUUCGAGGCCAAUGACCUCUUUGAGAACACCAACCACACGCAGGUCCAGUCCACCCUCAUCGCCCUCGCCAGCCAGGCCAAGACGAAGGGGAACAACGUGGGUUUGGGGGUGAAGUACGCGGAGAAGCAGCAGCGGCGCUUUCACCCCGAGAAGCUCCGUGAGGGCAGGAACAUCAUCGGCCUCCAGAUGGGCACCAACAAGUUCGCCAGCCAGCAGGGCAUGACGGCGUACGGAACACGGCGGCACCUCUACGAUCCCAAGCUGGGGACGGACCAGCCCCUGGACCAGGCCACCAUCAGCCUCCAGAUGGGCACCAACAAGGGUGCCAGCCAGGCGGGGAUGACAGCACCGGGGACGAAGCGGCAGAUCUUCGAGCCGGCGCUGGGCAUGGAGCACUGCGACACGAUGACCAUCGGGCUGCAGAUGGGCAGCAACAAGGGCGCCUCGCAGCAGGGCAUGACAGUGUACGGGCUGCCGCGGCAGGUCUACGACCCCAA